AUGGCUGCAAAUGGCUCAUCCUCGGGUAUCGACAUCUCGCUACCUGAAAACCCAGGGAAUGGAAAUGGACCAUGGGCUCCUGGAACAGGAGACAGGCAGCCCCCAAACGUAGCUCCUGCCACUCAGCCAAGGAACCUAAACGCCAUCUCUCCAGAUUUCUACCCCCACGGCAAGCGUUCGCUAUCAGGAAUUGCUGUGCGUGCCUUUUGCUUAGGUUGCGCCCUUGUUUCCGGCCUGGCUGGAGCUGCGCUUCUCGCAUAUCACGGAAGCCAUCUAUGGCGGCCUUGCCUAUUCCUUAGCACGCUUGCUCUCUUCCACUUCCUCGAGUUCUACACAACAGCCGCAUACAACACUCCAGUUGCCAAGGUUGCAUCAUUUCUUCUCAGCAACGGUGAUCAGUACCGCAUAGCUCAUACCAUGGCCUUUAUCGAGACAUUCAUCACAUCCUAUUUUUUCCCCGGCUACCAAUCCUAUAUCCACCCACCAUGGGCCAUCGCAAUCGGUGUCGUUCUGAUUGCGGUUGGGCAGACUGUCCGCAGCAUUGCAAUGAUACAAGCUGGAACUAAUUUCAACCACAUGGUACAGUCGAGCAAGAACGACGGCCAUGAACUGGUGACACAUGGACUAUACCACUACUUCCGACACCCCUCGUAUUUUGGUUUCUUUUGGUGGGGUAUCGGAACGCAGAUCAUGUUGGGAAAUACUUUUUGCUUCCUGGCAUAUACUGCUGUUCUUUGGUCAUUUUUCAAGAGACGUAUAUUUCAUGAAGAGAAACAUUUGCUGGAAUUCUUUGGCAAUGAUUAUAGGGAAUACAAAGCGCGGACGCGUCACUGCUCAACUUCGUCACUUCCAUUUCCUCUGCUGUCACCCUUACGUGCGGGUUGCCGUCAACAAACAAGCUCACCUCCGGCAUCUCGUUCGCUUGCAGCUAUGCAUCGCUCGCGAUGGGCAGACUCGCCGCCAACUGCUUCGAAAGGCGCCAUUUCGCAAAGUGCUGCUCCGUCGAUGAAACCCAGCACCUCCGCUGUCCAGCCCGUCGCGAAUCCGGGUGCCUUAAAACUCAAGAAGAGCGCCGUCAAGAUUUUGGGAGCUGCUAGACAUCUAUCUCCGCCUUCUACUCCAUCUGCAGCGUCCAUUCCGCUACCGAUGACGCCUCCUGUUUCUCUGUCAGAUAAACUCGAGCCUUUAGUAGCUGAAUCGUCUGUUAGUGUACCGUCAAUCUCCAACGCAAAGGCAGGUCCAUCUCAGAAGGAUGAUCCAAAGUCCGAUGACACAUCCGCACUGAUUGAUGCUCUUUUUGCCCACCUGAACAGCAAGGACUCCGAGCUUUCUGCUCCCGCUACAGGCAGCAGCAUGACACUCGGAAAUCACACGAAAGUGGCACCGAUUGAAAGCCUUCCAAGCUCUACAACAGCUACUCUAGUGGUUCCAUCGGUACUCACGGAAGCAAUUCCCAAACAGGCCACCACAGAUGGCUUACCAGAGCCCGUAAAGGCCGCGGUACAGCCCGCAGACAUCACUGAAGCAGAGCUCGAGAACGAAUACAUGCGCAGAGCUAGCGCGUAUGUUGAUGCUCUUCCAGACACCAAGGAGGGCACGCCACAGCUCAUUAAGGUCGUCUCCAACAAAAUGCGUGUCACAUAUAAACCACUCGCCAGCAUGGAUGUGAAAGAAAAGGAUACUAUCAAGGCAAGAUUUGCGUUUGCCAUAGCCAACUACCUCAACAAAACCUUACAAAAAGGCCCAAUGGAGUGCGCGGCUUCUUCUAUUAAGCAAAAACUUGAGGAUGUCGACGGAGACUUUCUCAAACUUUGCGCCAUGCUUGUAGAAGAGAAACACAUGUCGUUAGAGACACUUGACGAUGUUACUGGGCUGGUCAAGGCUCUGCUUGAUAUUCUUCCCAAGGCGGAAUUGACCACUAUCCCAGGUAUGUUAGGAAGCAAGGUAGUGCUUGAGGACCCGAUCGACAACAUGAAAACAUGGCCAACGGCAGAGAAACGCAGUUCCUCUGCAGCUGCUCGUACAUGUAUUCUCAAGGGUGUCUCCGCCGUCACCAGUAUCAAUCAGCUUCAGGCUCUAGUAUGGGGUGGAAGGCUGGAGUCCAUCUCUAUGCCAGAGCCUGGAUCCUCGAACGCUCUUGUCAAAUUCCUCACAGCUGAUGGCUGUAAGAAGUUUCACGCGGAUACUGUAAAUGGAAUAGAGGUGGCCGGAGAUAAGAAAUCGGCUGUGGUGUUCGUUGAGCUGGCUGAAGGUCCAAACUCCACCAACGAUGUCAUCCAGGGCUGCAUCGAUAACGGCAUGACUCGUUGUGUCCGAGCUAUUGGAAAAGUAGACUAUACCGACGCGCAGCUCAUGGGAUUUGCCAAAGGAAAGAGCCAGAUCAACAAGCGCGAGGUUGACUGCAUCAAGCAUGGGAAGAAUACACGCGGUCACGAGUAUACUGAAUUCCGCUUUGCGAAUAUCUACCACGCCCUCAACUUUAGGCGUGAACUUACGGACAACGAAGACUGGGAGCAUUGCAACAUAGGAUACGCACCUGAUCCAUGCGAGCUUGCAACCGGUGUUCACUACAAGGACAACGAAUAG